AGUGCGACAUCUACUGUCGGCGAUGAGGUCAGUUUGUUCAUUGGGUCCAAUCCGGGUUGAACGGACAGUGGUUGUCGGCGAAUAGAAAGCCUCAGCAGCGUGGUGGACUGCUCAUACAUCCAAUGACCUUACUGGUAGUGAUAGUCCAUCCGUGGUGCGGUAGUUAAUACACUGGAUGGGACAGGGCAGCGCUACAUGGGGGACACAGGCGACAGCGGCUGGUAUCACUGCUCCUACACCCUGGGGGGGGGGACAAAUCUCUCUGGAAAAAAUACCUAGGGCUACACGACGCUCCGCUGUAGAGAACAGACUUGAUGAAAUAACCAAGCCGAGUAUGAACACUUCGCAUUUGAGUUUUUCCUCCUCUGAGCAUGGACUGACCAAAUCCCGCUCUGGAUGAUUUGAUGGGGCUGCUCAGAGUCAUGAUGCCGCCCAAGUUGCAGCUUCUGGCGCUGCUGGCGUUCGCAGUGGCCAUGUUCUUCCUGGAGAACCAGAUCCAGAAGCUGGAGGAGUCCCGGGGAAAGCUCGAACGAGCCAUCGCCAGACACGAGGUACGAGAGAUCGAGCAGCGGCACACGCAGGACGGUCUGCGGGAGCGGGACUCAUCCGCUUCGUCGCUGUCUGAUAGCGAAGAUGACGUGGUCAUCAUCUACAACCGCGUGCCCAAGACGGCCAGCACCUCCUUCACCAACAUCGCCUAUGACCUGUGCGGGAAGAACCACUACCAUGUCCUGCACAUCAACACUACCAAGAACAACCCAGUCAUGUCCAUACAGGACCAGGUGCGGUUUGUAAAGAAUGUGACUGAAUGGAGGGAGAUGAAACCGGGUUUCUACCACGGACAUGUCUCCUUCCUGGACUUCACCAAGUUUGGGGUGAAGAGGAAGCCCAUCUACAUAAAUGUGAUCCGGGACCCCAUCGAAAGGCUGGUGUCGUAUUAUUACUUUUUACGUUUUGGGGACGACUACCGGCCCGGCCUGAGACGCAGGAAACAAGGAGACAAGAAGACGUUUGAUGAAUGCGUAUCAGCCGGCGGCUCAGACUGUGCCCCUGAGAAGCUUUGGCUCCAAAUUCCCUUUUUCUGUGGCCACUACUCUGAAUGCUGGAACGUGGGCAGCCAAUGGGCUCUGGAGCAGGCGAAGUACAACCUAGUGAAUGAAUACAUGCUGGUCGGAGUAACAGAAGAGCUGGAGGACUUUGUCAUGAUGCUGGAGGCCACGCUGCCACGCUUCUUCAGAGGAGCCACUGAGCUGUAUAAAACAGGGAAGAAAUCCCACCUGAGGAAGACCAGCGAGAAGAAGCCGCCAACGAAGGAGUCGAUUGCCAAGCUGCAGCAGUCGGUCAUCUGGAAGAUGGAGAACGAGUUCUACGAGUUUGCACUGGAGCAAUUCCAGUUCGUCAGGGCACAUGCUGUCAGAGAAAAGGAUGGGGAACUCUACCUGCUGGCACAAAACUUCUUCUAUGAGAAAAUCUACCCCAAAAAUUAAAGAGACACAUGUCAAUUGAAGAGUUUGGAGUGUUAUGGAGAAGGACGGACACUUUUGUAAAGGCUCAGAUGUGCAGUCUGAGACUAAAAAAAGAAGGAAAGUGAGGGUGAGUGUAAUAGACUACUACUGACUGUGUGGCCGGUGUGUACAUGUGAUUGAGAACAUAACGUGGAGCUGCAGAACAAUCUGCUUCUGACGCAGCGAUAAGACUGGUAACAGCUCUGUUAUUCACAUCUGUGCCAGCCAACUGGACAAAGAGCUUGUGUUAGCAGGUUGUGUUCCCAGCAGCUCCCAGGCCUCCACUCCCUUUCUCUUCCAUGUCAAAGGUCGUCUGCGCAGAAGGUCUUUGCUGGCACAUGGUCAGAGACGUCCCCUCCAACAGCUGAUCAGACCUCGACUCCUGAUUGGCUUCACUAUUCCCGAUCCAGACAAAACAUUUUCAUUGGCUCUGUACUGUUUGGUUGUGUUCUGUUGUAUUUUAACUCUUUACUAUGGUUGUCUUUUAUAUGUAAAGACAGUGACAUUUUUCAUGGUGAAACAACAUCCACAUGCCUCACCACCACUACUAACUUAAAGAGAUUUUAAGUGUAAGAAACUGACUACUGUGCUGUAUUAUUGGACUUGAAUGGUAACUUUUCAGGUUUUUAUGAAAUAAAAAUCCUGUGAUCAUGGAGUACUUGCAGGGGCAAGUGUGUAUGUUUUAUACUGUAUUUGUGUUUUGUUGGAUGACUCUUGUGACUUUGCAGCAUUGCCCAGAGCGUUUUCCGGGCUAAUGUAGACAGCUUUUACACAUGAUAUUAUUGAGGUGUGUAAGGACACUAAGGUGAAGAUGCUGCUGCUGUAAAUAUUUACUACUUUUUCAGUCCCUUUCAUUUUCAAGCAAAUUGGUUACAGUACAGUAUUAACCCUUUUUUUUGUUUUUUGUUUUUUGUUAACACUUUUUUGAAGUAACACUGGGCUUUUUGUCAGUUUGUAAAUUUCUUUCAGCUUUUUCAUUUCACAUUUCACUUUUGUGCUUGCAUUUUAUUUUGUGUUGUUUUUUUUGUUUGUUUUUUCAUUGUAGAAGCAGAUAUACAUGGCUGUCCACUAAAAUGUUUCUCUGCUGCUUAAAGAAUUAGUUAGACUCUUUGGGAAAUAUGUUUAUUCACCUUCUUGCCAAGAGUUAGAUGAGUGUGUCAAAUAUGAGGUUAUAGCCAUGAAUUGUUUAGCUAAGCUAACCAGCUGCAGAAUUAUAUUAAAGACUGAUAGUCUCUCUCUCAUCAGUCUCCAUAUCUAACUCUCAGCGAGAAACUGAAUAUCUGUGUUUCUAAAAAAUGUCAAACUAUAUCUUUAAAUCGCUGUUUUCUUUGCAGUUGUCUACUUAAAAGAUGGGAGGGGGGG